UUUUUCUGUUUGACUGUCCCUACACAGGGAUUUUCUUUUUUGUGAUUAUUUAGGAGUCAUAUUUUAAACUCAAAACGUUUUUAACUUUCGCAUAAAAAAUGGGUAGACAAAAGGGCAAGAAGAAAGACGAAAGUAAUGAGAGGUGUGGAGUUUGUGAUGAGUCAUGCGAGAGAGAAAAUGAUCGAGCUAUUUGGUGUGAUGGAUACUGUAAACUGUGGUAUCACAUAGAAUGUGUAAAUAUUGAGGAAUCAGAUUUCGUCUCUAUAAACUCACUGGGCAACAAAAUCAAGUGGCUGUGUGAGGCUUGUGUAAAACGUUUUGAUGCAGUGACAAAAAGUCAGAGUGAUCUCUCCGGCAUGGAUACUGGUAGUAUGCUGCAAGUUAUCCUGGCUGAAAUUGAAAAUAUCAGUAAAGCGAGUCUAGAUAUGUCUCACUGUGUGAAGAUACUGAGUGAAAAUCAGGAUAGAUUUAGUGAAAAAAUAGUGAAGCUAGAUUGUAGAGUUGCUGAAGUUGAGAAAAAUACGGGGAAACAUGCACCGGUGGCUGGUAAUAGUAAGCCUGAAAAGAGGUUAAAGUCGGGGAAAGACAGGGAUUUCCCUUUACCUGCAUGGGGAUCAAGAAAGCAAGAAACGAACAAGAAGGCCGUGGAGAAUUCUGUGACGUCACUUGCUGUUGCUACGAAAAGUGUAGAAACAGAAAGUAGUUCCGUUGGAAACCUACUAGAAAAUGACGAAACCAGUGAUGGUAGAAUAAAAAAUGCUGAUGAGAAACUGAAUGACAGUUUUAAUGACGAUGAUUCCACAUUUACCAUGGUGGAAAGGAAAAGUAGACGUUCCUCAAGAAGCAGCAUGGCUGGAAAGCAAACGCGGAGGAAUUUUGUGAUUGGCUCCAAGGACAUGAAUGAAAACAACGAACUUGUUGGCAAAAGGCGUGCUUGGCUUUUCUUAGGUCGUAUUCGUAAACAUACCUCAGUGGAUAAAACCAAAGAGUUUCUGUCUACCAGUUUUCCUGACAUUGAUUUUGAAGUGGAAAAUCUCAACUCAAAGGGACAUUGUGAAAGUUUCAAGCUUGGGACCGACUUUGAAAAUCUCGACAAGUUGAUGGACAGUGAGUGUUGGCCUAGGGAUGUGAUUGUGAGGCGUUUUUUCUUUUCACGGGGAAAAAAGCCACUGGGAUAACAUCCAGGAAUCCAGAGACGAGGAAGAGGUUAGUGGAGAGGAAGCAGACUUUUAAUUUCAUACACCUGAAUAUACAAAGCAUCCGUAAUAAGCCCCCCCACCUGCCACAAACAAGGUAUGCAGACCAAUUUCUAGAAAAGGAAUGGAGGACUUUAGGGCUCGGCUCCGUGAAACAUCGUGGGACGCCGUAGUCAACGUUUCAGGUAAUAUAGACGUUGUUUUUGCCAAUUUUCUGAACUUUCUGGUGUGUACCUUUGAGUGCUGUUUUCCUACUAGAGUUUUCAGGCCCAAACCGAUGAAGAGGAUUCCAUGGUU